AUGUCGCGAGUAAAGUUCAACGUUAACAGCGAAUACGCUUAUCUCCAAAACUUCAAGGUCCUGCAGAACGUUUUCGCGAAGCACCAAGUCGACAAGCCGAUUCCCGUCGAGUCGCUCUCCAAAUGCCGAAUGCAGGAUAACUUGGAGUUCCUCCAGUGGACAAAGAAGUACUGGGAUCAACAUUACCCGGGCGGAGACUACGAUGCGCUCGCCCGCCGAAAGGCCUCCGGCGCACCCUCCGCCUCCGCGGGUGGUUCGCGUGCAGGCGCAAGCUCUGCUAGCAGUGCCCGACGUGGAACCACUCCCACUGUUGGACGCGCACGACCUGCUGCUGGAGGAGCCAGCUCUGCUACUGUCGCUGCGCUGCAGGCGGAGAUCAACUCGAACAAGGAGGCGAUUAGUGGAUUGGAGAAGGAGCGCGACUUUUACUUUGCCAAGCUUCGGGACAUCGAGCUGCUGCUCCAGAGUGCGGUUGAGGCGGACCCAGAACUGGAGAAGGAUGAUGAUUCACUAGUGAAGCACAUCCAGGGCAUUCUUUACUCGACAGAGGAAGGAUUUGAGAUUCCCGAGGGCGAGGCCCCGGGUGAUGAGCUGGAGACGUUCUGA